AUGGCCAAGCUGCUGCCUCUUCACCCCGGACUGGGACAACUGCUCCUCGGGCCGCAGCCCCACACUGCUCCGACCACUGCCACACACUCCGCCACAGGAAGACAGACAGGUGGGGGAUACAGGCAGACUUGGAUCCACACAGACAGGGUACGUCCAGGCCGGCAGCUCACCCUACAGCAGAUGGAGCCUCUGAUCCACGGCAGACUGGCGAACAUAAAGUCAGCCUUCAUGGCGGUGGACCCUGAUGGUGCGGGGAUGGUGAGCGGAGAGGAGUUCAGACGAGUUCUGAAGAGCCUGCUGUCUGUCAGUCAGAACCAGCUUGACACUGUCCUCAAAGAGGUGUGUGAGAGGAGCGGUGAAACAGUGGACUACAUGCAGUUUCUGAGGAGGUUCAGCCGAGCUCCCACGGCCCACAGAGCCUGCAGCACUGAACAUGAAUUAACUGAAUUGUCUGUUUCUCUCAGGCGUGGUCCACAGAACACUUCCAUGUCCCUGUCUGAGAUACAGAAGCAUCUCAAAGAUAAGAUCGGAGGCAACCUGAAGACCGUGAUCAGAGUGUUCAGACUGUUUGACUGCAACCGAGAAGGACACAUCCAGCAGCACGAGUUCCGCCGCAUCCUCAACAACUACUGUAUCCACUUGAGAGACAAGGAGUUUCAGAGGCUAUGGAAUCACUACAGCCCCAAUAACAAGUCCACCAUUUCCUACGAACUGUUCCUGGACAAACUAGGCUUUGGUGACAGCCAUAACUUCAAGAUUGCUCCAGUCUGCACUAAGAUGGAAGUGUCCAGCCGAGGGACAACUCCCUCUGAGAAAGUCAAACGGAGGAAGCAGACACCAGAAUCUCUUUCCAUUGUGUGUGAUGCUCCACCAGCCCUGCGACACAGGAAGCUGCAGACUCUCUUCUACGACAAGAUGUGCAUGAACUCUACCCAGGUUUGGCAAGCACUGCAGGCCUUUGACACCACCCACUCUGGUCUGGUGAAACAAGAUGUCCUCAGGGCCAUUCUCAGCACCUUCAUAUUUUCCAUGAACCCUCACUCCUUUCAGAAGCUGACCAGCCGUUAUGGUGUGAGAGCAACAGGGCCAGUGUGGUGGAAACACUUCUUGGGCCAUUUCACGAGCCCGGACAAAGAGGGCGAAACAAAUAUUGACAGGGCCUUGGGGCAGCCUACUCCAGAAGAAGACAACAUCCAGGACAUUUACCCUCGACUGAAAGAGAUUUCCCACCUUCUGGACACGAAGGAGACAGACCUGCAACCUUUGCUGGAGAGGCCGGGUGGGACACAGCCCCAAACUCGACGGUCACACAUCACACAGCUGCUUAAUGCACUGGACCCUGAAGACUCCGGGGUCAUCACCUCUGCUCCCACAGGCAACACGGCACCACCACUCUCCCCUGCUAACGCUGAGCCCCGGGAUGUCACUGAAGACACUGCUCUCAGUUCAGUGCUGGCCGCUCUGAAGCUGUGUGACCCUCAGCACACUGGAUACGUCACACGGGAAGAUCUGAAGAAGCUCGUAAGCUGCUAUGGCACACCCAUCUCAGAGACACACUUCACAAAGCUCUGUGAGACCUCCAGCUCUAGACAUGGCAGUUCUUCUGACUUGGUUCAUUACCCUGGCUUUCUCAGAAACCUGGGAGUACCACUAACAGAUGAAACAUACACAUCCUCAUCCCAUACUGAGAGGCCACGCACAUCACCUCAGUCGACCCCACUGUCAGUCAGGGGACAGGGGCCUCCCUCCAGCCUGCUGGUCAGUGCAGACACCUGCAACAUUCUGGACAUUGUUUUCCAGAGGAUGAGAUCAAGGUUAGAGCAACGCCACAGCAACCUGACUGACCGCAUUCGGGCAACCACCCACAGCUCUGAUGGAAAGCUGUCAGAGAGAGAUAUACGGAAGAUACUAGAGGACAGCUGGGUCAUCUUGGACGAUAAGAAUUUCCACAAGUUCACUAAAGUGCUGGGCCUCAGGGAUGGACGGAUGGAGUGCUCAGUGUUCCUGGUGAAGUAUGAGGAGGCCGCGGCCAGAGACGGGAAGCAGCGCUCUGAAGGUCAUGGUGAUAAGGAUGAGGUCGACCCCCCGCUUACUUGUGCUGAGCAGUGCCUUGCUGCCAUGAAGACCAGGAUCAAGAUCAUUUAUGGGGACAACCUGACAGCGUUUCGACUGAUGGACAGGAAGCGUAAAGGCGUGGUCCACUGUCAUGAUUUCAGAGGGCUGUACAGCAGCCUGGGAUUCUUCUGCAGAGAGGCCGAGUACCAGAGGCUGCUGGAUCUGAUUGGCCUGCAUCCCGGGGGCAACCUCAACUACGCAGAAUUCGUUGAUAUUGUUGAAAACAAUGGCAAACAUGAGGCACAAAGAACGUGUGUACAACAGCAGCUCCAUGAACUCCUGGCAUCUGAAGCCCGCUGCAAGUGGCAGGUCAUGUCGAAGGUGCUGUGCCAGUUUGACACAGAUGGCCGAGGUUGGAUCCAUAAGAAGAGUUUGAGGGGACUUCUCUUCACCUAUGCUCUUCCCAUGAGUACGGAAGAGUUUGACCAGCUUUGGUCGAGGUAUGACCCCGAGUGCCAGGGCGGUGUGGCAGUUUGUGACUUCCUGGAAAAGCUGGGGUUUCAUCACGAAGUGGACCUCGGACCUCGGAGCCAGAAGCUGAACCAAGCCGUUGCCCAGCAGAACCCCAACGGACCAGUGUCCUCUGAUGCUGCGUCACUGGAGUGUAUCGAACAUAUUUUGCAGGAAAACUAUAAGGGGUUGAGUGACUCCCUGGCUCACCUGGAAACAAGGAGAGAUGGCACAGUGACAGUUGAGCAGCUGCUGAGCCUGUUACAAACCUACAGCUGCUCUGUCCGGAGAGAGCAGCUUGAAAAUCACCUGCGCAGGCUGGAGGUUUCCAUGGAUGAUAACUGCCACAGGCUGUCUUACAUGGAUUUUCUGUCUGCGUUUGACCAUAAAGCAGAGAAAAUGUGUAAGCGACCUCCUGCUUCUCCUGAUGCUGUGCGCCAGAUAGAGUCUUUGGACAGCCUAAGUCCAGCCGCUGCUCUGGUUAGGAUGCAAGAGCUAGUCACUGCCUCAGCGCCCCAUCUUUAUAAGGCUUUCUUGACCUUUGACCAGAGUGGGACAGAGACGGUCAAAGCUCUGGAAUUUCGUCAGGUGUUAGAGAACUUUUGUGCCCGCCUGUCAGACAAACAAUACAGAUACAUGCUGACCAAACUGCAGCUGGACCGUGAGAACUGUACUGUUAACUGGAAGGACUUCCUCAACAAGUUUCAAUCACAGAGCCCACUGGUAAGAGAAGCUGUUUCUAAAGUCAGCGUUGCCAGAUGGGAAUUGUUAAACUAUCGUCCCAGAGGUUUAAAAUGUAAUGUAAUGACUUUUUGACACGCACACAAAUCUACCCAUCUGCAGCAGCAUCACCAGAUCCAGGAAGUCUCAGGUCACUUGUAUGAAAUCACUAAAAAGCUGAUGGAUCUGGACCCCUCCAGCAGCACAACAAUCUCUAAAGAGCAAUUUCGACAGCUUUGUGAUCACCACGGCCUGACACUUACAAAUGAUCAGUUUGAGUGUGUGUGCAGUCAGAUGCCUGUGAAUGAGCAGAAGAAGCUGCAGUACAGAGAGUUUCUGAAGCAUUUUGUUGCGCUGGGAAGAACCCCGCACACAGAAGCAGGGGGUCCCACCAUCAAUGUCCCGUCGCUCUACAGAGAAACAGCCUCAGCAACAACAUCUUGUUGCCCAGAACCUGCAGGUGCUAUUCUCCAAUGCAUGAAGUCUGCCUCCCAGUGCAGCUCCAGGCGUCCCUCCUCAGUGGGGAGGCCUGGAACAGGAAGCCCGCUGGGCAGUACGGGGACGAGGCUGCGUGUGGCGGUGCAGCGCUGCUGGAAGGAGAUCCAGAGGAACUGUGUCAAGGAAGAUCCUCAGCGAGAAGGACACAUCAGCAUUACCUCCUUCCUGGAGAUCCUACAAUCCCUCGACAUCAAUAUGACUCGGGAGCAGUUUGAGUUUCUGGCUGUCAAGUUUGACAUCAUCAAUAAUGGCUGUGUUUCAUAUCACAACUUCCUUCGUCACUUCCUCCUGAAUCUCAAACCAGCAGUGGCCAAGACAGCAUUUGAGCGAUGUAAACUCCCUCUUCCUAUUGCAUCGAUGAGCCAGGGUGUUCUGAGCAAAGACUGCGUGGAGGUCAUGCUGAGGAUCCACGGCGUGGUUCACUUCUCCUGGAACUCCAUCAGACGCUGCUUCCUGACGUGUGACCGCACCCGCACAGGAAGUGUCUCAGUGCAGGACUUCAGGAAGGUGCUGCGCCAUUUCAGUGUCAAACUGUCGGAGGAAGAGUUAUUCCACCUCUGCUCCUAUUUGGAUGCCAACACCACAGGGAGGAUCUGCUACAACAACUUCCUCUGGGCCUUUCUUCACUGACCUUCAUUCAGCGAUUCAUUCCUUCAGCGAGCGUGGCUGAGUUACCAACUGCCCCGAGGGCCCA